AUAAAUAUUCAGUCUGUUUACUUCUCUUGUCAUUUAAACAUCGCUACAAAAUACUUAUUAUCAGAGCGAAGAAGAAAAUGAAGAGGAGGUAGGAGGAAGAAGAAAAACAUUGAAGGCGAUGAGACGAGAGGAGAGACUUGAACGAAUUGCAGCUGCAAUGGAGGAUAAAAAGAUGGUGGAUACACAAGACGACGCGGCAAAGGAAAAAAUGGCAGACCGGAUACAGAAUAUUCUUCAUCUUACUAACGAGGAAAGGUCGAAACGGGGUCGGUAUACGAAUCUAAGCCAAGAAACUAGAGAUGAAAUUGCUGAGUAUGCUCUGCA